UCGAAAUUGGUGACAUUUUUGCACGUGUUUGCUCUGAAAUUUAUUUACUGCUUAUUGUCAUAUAAUUCUUGAAAUUAUGGUCCAAAUCUCUAAAAAACGUGUUCGUAGAAACACAACUGUUUUAGAUAGUGGCUUAAAUUUGGUUAUAACUGCAUUACCGCCUAGUAAUGCAGUAUCAACUACUAGCUCUCAAAAUGGUUUGAGUGCAGAUCUCACUCCUGUGAUACAGGUGAAAGAUGUUCUGUUAGAGAACUCUGAGUUCUGUAAACUAAACCUCCUUUUGAAAGAUAUGCAGAGGCAAGUAAGUGAAAUUCAGAAAAAAUUAGAUCAGUUUGAUAGUAUGUCACUGCCAAUCUCAAAUACCACGGAGAGCCGGUCUGAUAUUGGCCAGGUUAAGUGUCUACUGGAUGUAACUCAAAAUAAGCUUUUGAAUUUAGACCCGAUAGCCUGUCUUUUAGAAAGGAAUCCUAAAAUAUCUCCAGACAACCUAAAUAAAGCUGAAAAUCUGAUUGACUGCUUGGCUACGGAGGUGAUGAAGCGUAUAACCUCUUCUCACCAAGCCAUAGUUUACAACGUCCCAGAUUCUCUGCCCCUGAAAACUUUAAGACACAAAAUCCUGAUUUGUUGCGGCAUGGCUAGUGUUCCAUGUGAAUGCAAACGACUUCGUAAAAAGUCUAACCAGGCUAAUUGCCCAAUCAUUUUUAAAUUCAGUAAUUCCCUUGAUGCUAGUAAGUUUACUAAAUGUCAGGAUCACUUAAGACUGAAUAGCAGUUAUAAGUCUAUAACCGUAGCUCAGGAUAAAACACCGUGUCAGCGCAGAAUAAUGCGUAGUAAUAACCUGGUCACCUCCUCUAGCUUUGAUUUACCAAAUAAGGAUCGUGCACAGCAACAGACACCUAGUGCUGAAACUAGCAUUCAGCAAACUACACAACAACCACACCUGCCGAUGGA